ACUAAAAUUAUAACUGUGUUAACGAAGGAGAAGCAGCAGCAGCAGUCGCAGAAGGAGUAGAGGUAGAAGAGAGUAGCAGCAAAAGCACACACUCUCUUGCACACACUCUCUCCCCCUCACACACAACAAUGACGAUGGCCGCCUGUUAUGCCAGCUAUGACAUGUCGUCCCUUUCCCACGGCAUGUCCGCUGCCGCCUUGAAUGCCCUGCAACAGCAGCAGCAGCAGCAGCAACAACAGCAGCAGCACAGUCAGGCUCAGCAGCAGCAUCACCAAGCGCAGCAGCAGCAGCAGCAACAGCAACACAUGUACCAUGCCGCCGUGGCAGCGCAUCAGCAACAGUUGCUCCAACAGCAGCAGCAGCAGCAUCACCGCCAGCAACAGCAGCAGCAGCAGCAGCAACAUUCUCAUCAGCCCGCCUCCAACACCCGCCACAGCCAUGCGGCGGCGGCCCAAACUCAGGUCGCCGCCGCCGCCGUCGCCACCUCACGCCAACAGCAGCAGCAGCAGCAGCAGAAUGUCUCUGCCAGCAGCAACGCCAACAGCAGCAGCAAUGCCAACAGCAGCGGUGCAACGGCAGCGGCAGCGUCCCCUCAAAAGGACUACAGCAUUCCACUGCACGUCGACUGCAGCGUCGAGUACGAGCUCCCCAAUCAGCCGAAGCCACCCGCCGGACAGCGCGUGGAGCCGCUGCUGAUGAUCCAUCCCUGCUACUUCCGUAAAAUGGAGUCGCAGCGGCGCAGUCCCUUCGUGAACAACAUGCAGGCGACGGCCCGCACGGCCAACAACAGUGCAGUCAGCAGUGGAGCGGCGCUUGGCGGGGGCGGAGGAGCGGCCGCCACGGCACCCAGCAGCAGUGCAGCGCGACGCGGAGCCAGGCAGAGUGCGCAGCAGCAACAGCAGCAGCAGCAGCAACAACAGCAGCAGCAGCAACAGCAGCAGCAACAACAGCAGCAGCAUCAUCAAGCGCAGCAGCAACAACAACAGCAGCAGAGGCAGGUGUACCAGCAGCAGCAGCAACAGUUGCGUCAGCAGCACCAACAAAUGUCGCAGAUGUCGCAGCAGGCGCACUAUCCCGUGCAGCAGCAGCAACAGCAGCAGGAGCAUGUGCGGCGCCAACAGCAGCAGCAGCAGCACCAGCAUCAAGCGCAGCAGCAGCAUCAGGCGCAGCAGCAGCGAAGCAGCAGCAACCAAAGUCGUCAAAACCAAAGUCAAAGCCACUCCGCAGCAGCAGCGGCAGCAGCCGCAGCCAGCUCCGCGUCGAUAGCCGCCGCCGCGGCGGGCCAGUGGGAUCAGCUGGCAGCGGCACUAGCCGCUCGCACUGCCAUGACGCCGCACCAUAUGCUGGCACCCCCGCCCCACCAGACCCUGUACGCGGCCAAGGGGAGCAACGGCUCUGCGGGAGGAGCCAGCGGCGCCUCUGGGAAGAGGGAUGCCAUGAUUUCCGGCUCGAACUACGGCCAGACGGCGCCCUCCGUCGGUGGCAGCUCGAAGCACCAUCAGCAGCAGCAGCAGCACUGCCUGCCCCCGCCGCCCUGGGACGCCACAGCAGUGGGUGGGGCGGCGCCCGCGCAGAGCAUGGCCAUGCUGAUGGACCGCUCGCCGAUGGCCACAGUUCCUAGCAAUUAUCAGGCCGGCCCUGACACCACGCCCAUGCAGCGGCUGUACGGCGCCACCGUGACGCCCACAUCUGCAGCGGGAGCGGGUCCGGGGGCGGGCGCGUGUCCGGGAACGACUGGAGGCGCCACCUCUGCCACGGACAAGCUGAGCGGCAAGUACCGGCAGUACCUGCGCUCGCAGCGGAUGCACCCCUAUGCGGCGGCGGCCUCCCUCAACCUGGCCGCAGCCGCCGUGGCCGCCGGGAGCCUGGGGCAGACCUCGUUUGUGCCAUUCGGUGCGGCCGCGGCGGCGACGCCCACAUUCCAGCAUCUGCAGCAGCAGAUAUCCUGCUACAAUGUGUGAUCCCCCUCCCAGGAGCAGCGCGGAGGCAGAAGAAGCAGCAACCAACUGAGACAGGCGCUUACCAAGUAAACGUCGAUGAAAAUAGCCGCCUCAAGGAAUAGCCAAUAGGAAAACAAACCCCCCUUUAUAUAGGCCAUCUCUUCUAUCCCUCAAACCCUAAAGCCCCAUACAACCCUAUACAACCCUGUAAUCCCCCUCCUCAUACAGCCCCCAAAAGCUUUUAGACUCAAAAAAUAAGAAAAAACAAACAAAAAAAUUAAAGCUAAAUUCUGUUUAGAGCUGUUCCCAAAAGAAAAAGAAUGAAUGAAGAAGAUUGUCCUCAGAAGAAGAAAAUGAAGAAGAUGCAGAAGAAGGAGAAGGAGAAGGAAAAGAUACGGAUGAAAAGUGUUUUUUGUUUCUUUUUCUAGUAAUUGUAGUAAUUGAUAAACAAAAGGAAAAACAAACAACAAAAAAAUGCAAACUAUUGUAGUGAUAUUUGUUAUAAAAUAAUUUUAGUAUCUAAUUUAAUUUAAAUUAAAAAAAAGAAAAGAAAACAUGAAAAACCAACAAAAAGCCAAGGCGAUAAAAACCUAAAAACCAACAAACAUUCAAAUCAACCAACAAUAAAAAUGGAAAAGUCAACAAACAAAUGCUAAAAAUUACAUAAUUAUAUGCAUAUUUAAUUAAACGAAAAACGACAAAUGUUAUAGCAGAAAAACAAUUUAUGGAAAAUGCCACAAUUAUUACCAAAAGAAUGAGAAUGAGAUGAGAGAAAGACGAGGAGAGAGAGGAGGAUGAUUGAAAGAGUUCGGAUGGUGAAUUAAGAGAAGGAAACAACACAAAAAAUAUGAAUAAAAAUUAUUCAAAAUUAUGCAACGUAAUUUGAAGCGCAAAUAUGCAAAAAAAA